AUGUACUCAGAACAGAACUGGAACAAUCACCACGCCGCCGCAGGCGCACAGCGUUUUACGCGUGGUGGCGCCAUCGGCAACACGAACCCUAAUGGCCACGGUGGUGGCUGUGGCUACGAAGUGGUAAGCGCAGCCGCGGCAGGCGGGUACAGCACCGUCCCAGCCGCACACCAGAAGUCUCCACAGCCCACUGGUUUUUAUCCUCCUACGUCCUCGCGCUUCACCCCGAUGGACUUCGAACUGUUCAUCAACAGCAACCGUGAUCCCACUGAUGAGAUGCGUCGCUCACAUGAGUACUACUACUGGUACCACAGCAAGCAACCUCACGACCUGCGCGCGCCAGCGCCGCUGCCCUCUCUGGAUGUGCAGGAAACACUCACCAACAUGGAGACGCCGUGGGAGGAGGUGAGUACUAUGCCAUCCGCUACUGUUGCUCGGGCAGGUGCUGCUGGUGGCUUGGGGCGCAAGAUGGGUGGUAAGAACCUCGCCCUCGACGCCAAAGAUCUCUGCGAAACGCAGGAGGUGCAGGCCAUCAACCCGUAUGGUCACAGCCUCAUCACUGAGAGCAACAUGAUGAGCCCCAGCACGCAGUUCUUUGCGGCGUACGCCCCAACACCGCUGGCAAUGGCAACUCCCAGCACCCUCCGCGCCUACGCACACGGUCACUUGCCCAUGCCGUCCUCCAACAACUGUGGCACCUACGAGAGCGAGGUGGCGGGAGGCGCCACGUACGGCCGCGGCGGGCCUACCGCGAAGAGCAUCGCCUCGCAGCAGUACUACACUCAGGAGCCGAUGAGCACCUUUGGCCUCUACAGCACCGGAGUGGAGGCCGGGUCAAACUACUACGACGCCACGCAGGGCAGCAGCAGCAACGGGCUUGGCGCUGGCCACAGCAAUGCUUACCAGCUCAUGGAAGGCAUGGGUGAGUUAGACCCAGCCAUGGUGUACACUCAGCCCGGGACGGACAGCGGCUUCCAGAGUCGCGGUCCCAGCCGGGGCGGCAAUCGUCGUUACAAUAACUCCGGCGGUGGGGGUCGGCGUGUUGGCCGCGGCAACUACCGUGGCGGGCGUAGCGCUGGGGGUAUGGGCAACAUGGAGGGUGGCGGUGGUCCGAACAGCCACCGCUUCGUUGGCUCGGAGAAGCUGCACAUGUUUCGUCACGACGUGGCGGAGCAGAAGACGUCCCAGUGGCGCCUGGAGGACCUCAAUGGCUACGCUGUGGAGUUUGCUAAGGACCAAGAGGGCAGCCGCUUCAUCCAGAGUGCCGUGGACUCGGCCAGUCCCGAGUCGCUGGACAUCCUUUUCCAUGAGAUCUUCGAGGCGCCGCUGGAGCUGGUGACGGACAUCUUUGGUAACUACGUUCUGCAGAAGCUCUUGGACAAGGGCAACACGCCGCAGCUCACAUUUGCGGCGGAGCGGAUGUGUGGUCACGUGGUAGAACUCACCAUGCAGACGUACGGAUGUCGGGUGAUUCAGAAGUGCAUCGAGGUGAUGCCGCCGGCUGGCCUGGACAUUAUUCUCGCCGAGCUCAAAGACAACGUGGCAAAGUGCAUCCAGGACCAGAACGGCAACCACGUCAUCCAGAAGUGCGUUGAGGUCAUUCCACAGCAAUGCGGCUUUAUCAUUUCUGCCUUCUCGGGUCGAGUGAUGGAGUUGGCGACGCAUGCGUACGGCUGUCGGGUGAUUCAAUGUAUCAUGCAACACUGCCCCGAACAAGAGGAUACCAUCUUUAACGAGCUACUCAAGGCGGUCGACGUGCUGGCGAAGGAUCAGUACGGCAACUACGUGAUUCAGCAUGUUCUGCAGAACGUGAAGGAUGAGAACAAGAUUGAGUCCGUCUACGCGGCGCUGAAGCCCAAGUUCUUUUACUUGAGCAAGCAGAAGUUUGCCUCGAACGUGAUGGAAAAGCUUUACGCCCGCUCGAGCCCUGAAAACCGCAUGGCAAUUGUGGAGAUGAUGUGUGCCGACUUCCCCGCCAAGGCUGACCACGUGGAGAUAGUUGCCUUCAAGCGGUCAACGACAAAGACAGCGGCGAUAGUGAGCGCGGAAGAGGGCACGUGGCCACCGACGAGGAACAACGCCGAUGGCACGGUAAAAGAGGUGAAGGAGAAGAACCGCGAGGCGAAGGAUGCAGCGAUGGGCAUCAUUGAGGAGGCGGUCUCGGUGGGCCUCGGCCAGCCCAGUAUGCUCUGCCUCAUGAUGAGCGACCAGUACGCUAAUUACGUGGUGCAGCGCGUCCUGGACGCGUCCGAGGUGGACCAGUUUGUGAAGCUCGUCGACAACAUCGAGAAGUACAUUCUGCCAAUUCGCACCUACACCUACGGCCGUCCCAUUGUGCAGCGGCUUUCUCGCCGUAAGCUGGUGCUCGCCCCGGGCGACGAGGCGGGAGAAGCAGGUAACAACAGCGUGAAUAACCACAAUCACAACGAAGGCCGUAUCAACUACCAUCGCCGCUGA